UCAGCAUCAACACGUUUUAGCAUCAUAUAGUAAUUUAAAAGGCCCAAUAAUAUGCGUUCAUUGUUGUGAAAUUGUAUUAUUUUUAAGUUCUUUUACGUAUUACUUUCUUGAGGAAUUAAAAAAUAAUUUAUUGUCUGCAGAUAUUGUCAGUGUUUAUCAUAUCAUAUAUUUUUUUAACUUAAAAUAUUAUUUAGUAUUUAAAAACGUCGAUAGCUAAUGUAUUAAAACUGUCUGUUAAUAUUUAAAAAUACCUAAAUUUUAGCUCUUUAUUAGUCAUGAAGGAGACAUAUUCCUGGUUGAUAUAUUCAUGUUUAAUUUUCGGAACAGAAACUAUGUGUGACAAAAAACUAGAAAAACGACAAGCUGAAUUGUCUGGCUUAAAAACUACUGAGAAUACGUUUUGUUGUUCAAAUGGACUGUGUAUCUUAUGGUCGUCAGUUUGUGACGGUCAAAGAGAUUGCUCAGAUGGUUCAGACGAAAACGAAGAGUUAUGUGGUCAAUAUGAGUAUGAAAUAAAUAAAACGUCAGAAUGCGGUAGAAUACAUAUCACUGACCAACCAGUAUCGUCCAUCGAUGGUAAAAAAACACUAAUUGGAACAGCGCCAUGGAAUGUUGGAAUAUAUGUAUUAAAUGAAGAGAGUACAAAUUAUGAAUUAAUUUGUGGAGGAUCAAUAAUUGCUCCAAAUUUAGUUGUUUCUGCCGCUCAUUGUUUUUGGUACGAAGAAAUGUCAUCUAAUAUAAUAACAAUAUACAAUGAAACAUAUAAAGUGGCCAUUGGAAAAUAUGAUAGCAAUUUUACAGUAGUUGAUAAUAAUUUUACACAAAUAAUAAAUGUGGAAACUAUUUAUUUAAAUGAAGAUUAUACUGGAGUUCACGGUUUCUAUACUCAUGAUAUAGCUGUUAUUGUGCUAUCAAAAAUAAUUACUUUUAAUAAUUUUGUUGCACCCAUCUGUAUCGAUUGGAAUGGUUCAUACAAUGUACCGAAUGGAGCUGAGGGAAAGAUUGUUGGCUGGGGAAAUACGGAAAACGAUACAUUAGGUCCCAUUUUAUUAGAAAGUUCAUUACCAUAUUAUAUCGACCGCAUUUCUUGUGAAAAUAUGUUUACCGAAGGAUAUCAAUAUUACUUGACUAAUGAUAAGUUUUGUGCUGGUUCUGCAUUGGAUUCCAGAGUUGAAAGGGGUGUGCAGAAUAUCGGUGCCGGCUUAGCCUUUGUACACUCUAAAUUAUAUUAUUUAACUGGAAUACUGAGUAUGAAGAAUCCAAAUACAAAUGAUUCAGUUAAAAUUUUUAUAGACAUUCAGCAUAAUGUUAAAUGGAUUCUUAAACUGUACAACAAAUAUUUGAAUAAUGCUAUACAAGUUUGCGUUUUACCAACUGUUGAAGGAGUAUUAUAUACUUAUGAAAAUUCAAAUGAAAAAUUAGAUGAUUGGGAAUUAGUUCUUCGGUAUCGUACUGUAAUUGAGAACUGUGAUGUUGGAUAUCAUAAGAUUUACUCCAAGAGUUAUAGAGUUUGUCUGAGACACGGAAAAUGGUUCUCGACUUCCGAGAAAUUAUGAAUUAAAAUGUGCCCGCCUCUAUUAUCAGAUAGUUUAGAUAUUGAAUGUACUCUAAAUGGUAAGUUUUCUAAAUGUUCAAAUCCAUCGAUACCCAAUACAAUAGCCAUACCAUCCUGCAAACCAACAUAUUUUGAACCAAUUGGACUAGAAAAUACUCCAUUUGAAUUAUUUUGUCAAUUUAAUGGAAGGUGGAAUAAUCGGCUGUAUAAAUGCAAUCCAUAUUGUGGAAAAGUAUAUGUUUAUAGCCAAACCAUGAUUGCUAAUGAUGAGAAAGCACUUGUGGGAACAGCACCUUGGAAUGUUGGAAUAUAUCGAUUAAACAAAAAGAAUAGAAAUUAUGAUCUAAUAUGUGGAGGAUCAAUAAUUGCUCCAAAUUUAAUCAUUUCUGCCGCUCAAUGUUUUUGGUACAAAGGAAUAUUAUCUAAGAAAAUAACAAUAUACGAUGAAUCAUAUAAAGUUGCCAUUGGAAAAUAUGAUAUAAAUUUAACAGUAGUUGACAAUGAAUUUACUCAAAUAAUGAAUGUAGAAACUAUUUAUUUAAAUGAAGAUUAUACUGGAGCUGCCGGUUUCUAUACUCAUGAUAUAGCUGUUAUUGUGUUAUCAAACAUAAUUUCUUUUAGUAAUUUUGUUGCACCUAUUUGUAUCGAUUGGAACGGUAAAUAUAAUGUACCGAAUGAAGUUGAAGGAAAGAUUGUUGGUUGGGAAUUAAUGGAAAACCGUAAAUAUAAUCCCAUUUUAUUAGAAACUUCAUUAUCAUAUAUGGACCGUAAAUCCUGUAGAUAUAUGUAUACCAAUGGAUUUGAACAUUUUAUAACUUUUGAUAAGUUUUGUGCAAGUUUUGCAUUGGGUUCAAGACAAGUAAUUGGUAUGGGCAAUAGUGGUGCCGGCUUAACCUUUGAACACUUUAACAGGUAUUAUUUAACUGGAAUUGUGAAUGUGAAAGAUAUAACUACAAAGGAUGAAGUUAUAGUUUUUAUAGAUAUUCAGCAUCAUGUUCAUUGGAUUCGUAAACUGUACAACAAAUAUUUGAACAAUGAUAUAAAAUAUUGCGUUCUACCAACCGUUGAAGGAGUAAUAUAUUCUUAUGAAGGCUCAGAUAAAAUUUUAGCUGAUGGGACAUUAGUUAUUCUGUAUCGUACUGUAAUUGAAAACUGUGAUGUUGGAUAUCAUAAGGUUUCUUCCAAAAGUUCUAGAGUUUGUCAGGCAAAUGGAAAGUGGCUAUUGACUUCUGAGAAAUUAUGUAUUAAAAUGUGCCCACCUUUAUUAUCAGAUAGUUUAGAUAUUGAAUGUACUCUAAAUGGUAAGUUUUCUAAUUGUUCAAAUCCAUCGAUACCCAAUACAAUAGCCAUACCAUCCUGCAAACCAUCAUAUAUUGCAUCAAUUGGAUUAGAAAAUACUACAUUUCAAUUACUUUGUCAGCCUAAUGGAAUGUGGAAUAAUCAACUAUAUAAAUGCCAUCCAUAUUGUGGUAGAGAAUAUACUAAUAUCCAUUUAUUGAUAGCUAACGGCAAGAAUGCAUCUGUUGGAACAGCACCUUGGAAUGUUGGAAUAUAUCUAUUAAACAAUGAGAAUAAAAACUAUGAAUUAAAAUGUGGAGGAUCAAUAAUUUCUUCAAAUUUAGUCAUUUCUGCCGCACAUUGUUUUUGGUACAAAGGAAUAUUAUCUAAUAACAUUACAAUAAACAAUGAAGCAUAUAAGGUCGCUAUUGGAAAAUAUGAUAGAAAUUUCACAGUAGUUGACUACGAAUUUACUCAAAUAAUGAAUGUGACAUUUAUUUAUAUAAAUGAAGAUUAUUUUGGGAAAGAAGGAUACUAUGCUCAUGAUAUAGCUGUUAUUGUGUUAUCGAAAAUAAUUUCUUUUAGUUAUGUUGUUGCACCUAUUUGUAUCGAUUGGAAUGGUAUAUACAAUGUACCGAACGAAGUUGAAGGAAAGAUUGUUGGCUGGGGAAUUACGGAAAACGGUACAUUAAGUCCCACUUUAUUAGAAACUUCAUUACCAUAUAUAGACCGUAAUUCUUGUAGAAAAAUUUUUACCAAUGGAUUUCAAUUUUUAGUGACUGAUGAUAAGUUUUGUGCUGGUUUUGCAACGGUUUCAGGACGAAAUUUGGGCAAGGGAGAUAGCGGUUCAGGCUUAGCAUUUUUACACUCUAAGUCUUAUUAUUUAACCGGCGUAUUGAGUCUUAAGGAAGCAUACUCAAAUAAUUCAAUCGCAGCUUUUACCGAUAUCAAGCGUCAUGUUCAGUGGAUUCGUGGAUUAUAUAACAAACAUAACUAAGUCCAAUAAGAUUAUAUGACAAUAAUGUCCUGAUCCCAAAUCUCUAUACUAUUCUAUACUUGCAAGUAUCUAACGAAGGAGAUCAAUUUUUUGAACGUAUUUUUUUGGUGACAUCAUAAAUAUUAGUCAGUAGUAGCCAAACAUUUAAAUACGUUAACAUGCAAAAUAAAUUACACAAAAAUGGCACAUUAAAACAACACACUUUUAUGCAAUUUUAUUAGAACAGUUAAAAAACAAAUGACUAAUGCUUCCGAUGAAGCUUGGCAUCUGUCUUAAAAGAUCACAUCACAUCAGCAUUUUUUUUGGUUGA